CAGCACGAAAAUUAUAACCAGCCUUUUGAUUUUUGACAGAGCAAAAAGAAAACGGCAGAAAUACACACAAAAACUCAUCUGCAGCCUCCAUCGAGAGGAGGAAGAAGAAAACGAUGGCUUUGCAGGCAGGGGUCUCCACAUCCAAGGUUCUCAUUCUCGUCGGUGCAGGUUUGACUAGUUCGAUUAUUUUGAAAAAUGGACGGUUGUCUGAACUCAUUGGGCAGCUUCAAGAAUUACUCAAGGGUGUUGAUCAAGUUGAGAUCGCCCCCUACAAAUACGAUAGUGCUCUUCUUGCAGCCCAGAUUCGUCAAUUGGCGCAAGAGAUUAAGGAGUUGACCUUAUCCAGUCCUGUAACCAUCUACAAUGGAAAUUCAGCUUCUAAUGGGAGUUUCUCAUCUUACCUAGUGCCAGCUGCUGCUCUUGGAGCAAUGGGAUAUUGUUACAUGUGGUGGAAGGACUGGUCAUUUUCAGAUGUAAUGUUUGUAACAAAGAAAAAUAUGGCAAAUGCUGUUGCAACUGUGUCAAAACAAAUGGAGAAUGUAUCAGAAACAUUGGCUUCAACAAAAAGACAUCUAACAAAAAGGCUGGAAAAUCUGGACUGGAAGAUUGAGGAGCAGAUAGAAACAUCUAAGCUCAUUGCCAGUGAUGUAGAUGAGAUGAAAUCAAACCUUUCCCAAAUCGGAUAUGAUGUUGAAUCAAUCCAUCAAAUGAUAUCUGGCCUGGAAGGAAAGCUUGAACUUCUAGAAAGCAAACAGGAUACCACAAACUCUGGUCUCUGGCACCUAUGUCAAUUUGCUGGAGGCUUUAAAGACGGGUUUGGUACAAAAGUUUAUCAGGAUGUUGGUGCUAAGCUAGCGAACCCUUCAGCAAUGGCAUAUGAAGAAAGGUCUCUAAAGGGUCUUCAAUUUAUCGCUGAAACCAAAGAGUCGGAUAAAGUUGAGAAACCAGUAGAAAAUGUGAAGAAUGAUCUUGAUAUCUACCCUGGUGAAAAAGUCAGAACUGUGAAGACGAGAAUACACAGGUCAUAUCCGGUCGGGUUUUCUUUGACCCGAGACAUUGUCGGAUCUGGCAUAUAGAUUUCAAUUAUCUACUGGAUGUUUUUGAUUUUUUUAUGCAGACAUCCUUUCUUUUGAUUCCAUGAUGUGCAUGGUUCGUUAAAUUGACUUACCGAUUCUUGCAUUGAAAAAUGCGGGUUAGCUUUGGGUUGCUCAAGUGUAUUUACCCAUUGCUUCCAGGAUUCUUUUGAUUCCAUGAUUUGCUCUGAUUUUUUUUUUUUUUUGGUAACUACAUGUCAUUGCUACUUUUUGAAAUAAACGUCCAAGCAUUUUGAGAAGGUUUUUAUAUGCA